AUCUCAGUAAAGUCUACUAAUGUGGAAAAGGAAUCUGAGGGGAAUUUCCUGGAGAUAUUUCAGGGGCCAAGUUUGAAGGCUUUUAUAAUUGGAGGUGGUUUGGUUCUCUUUCAACAGAUAACUGGACAACCAAGUGUCCUGUAUCAUGCAGGUCCUAUUCUACAGAGUACUGGGUUCUCUGCAGCUGCUGAUGCUACCUUAGUUUCUACAAUAAUUGGUUUGUUCAAGCUGCUGAUGACAAGGAUAGCUGUUGCAAAAGUUGCUGACCUUGGAAGUCGGCCUCUGCUGAAUGGAGGUGUCAGUGGGAUUGCCCUUUCCUUGCUUCUGCUUGCUGCUUAUUACAAAUUUCUUGGAGGAUUCCCUCUUGUUGCGGUUGCAGCCCUGCUUCUCUAUGUGGGAUGCUACCAGGCUAGUAUUCUUUCUUUUUUGUUGACAGCUCUACUUUUUUUCAUCCAUGGCUUAGGCAAAGGGAUUAGUCUGGCAAUCCUGACUAACUUUGGCUCAAAUGCUAUUGUGACCCUUGCAUUCUCACCGUUGAGGGAGCUAAUUGGAGCAGACAACCUUUUUCUUCUUUUUGGUGCUAUUGCUUUGUCAUCACUCUUGUUCAUAGCAUUAUAUGUCCCAGAGACUAAAGGACUGAGUUUGGAAGAGAUCGAAUCCAAAAUCCUGAAUUAAAAGCACAGAAUUUCUGAAACUGUCAUAUGAGCUUCAAUGUAAAUCAAAAUUAUUUCUCCAGGAAUUAUUCGUAUCUAGGUGAAUAGCAUUGGGAGGUUAUGUAUUGUAAACCCCAUAUUCUGGUAUUUGUUAUGACACUUUUUAGAUGAAAAUUCCUUAGAAAAUGUAAAUUAAAGUGGUGGAUAAUGGCCUUUAAGCUUAUCUAUAAGCAAUUUACUGUCUUGAUAGACGUUAUUGUGUUCAAUUGUGAACAUCUAAUUGUCACUAUGCUCUAAUCUAUUCUGUUAACAGGAAACCGGGAGGCAUAAGAAAUUCAUGUCUGUAAA